UAAUCCAUGUCUUGUUCAAAGCUUCUGCUUUUAUCGUCUCUGCUAUUUGAUGUAUUGCUCUUGUCUCUCAGACUUUCCCAUGUGUAUAUAUCUUCUUUGACCCAAAUUCAUUGCCUCUAAAUCUUUGUCUUAAAAUCAUGUUUCUUCUUGUUUUCUAGUUUUCCGCAAAAAAGAUAACACACACCCAAUUUUGUCGUUGUUUUUGUUGUUACUUUCCCAUCUUUGUUUUGUUUGAGGGAGAGAAUUACUUUUGCUGAAAAAAAAUAAAACCAAGGAGAUGGUGUCACGAAGUUUUUGUAAGAGAAGGGAAAUGGCGGCGGUUUUUCCCGCCUGGAUCAUGGUAACGAUUUUGGUUUUGGAGGCUAGUCUGGUCAUGGGUGGUUUUCAAGCGAGUUUGAAACUGGAGAGGAGGAUUCCACUAGUGAGUCAUGAAGUGGAGCUGGGUCGCCUCAGAGAAUUCGAUAGACUCAGGCAUGGAAGGUUGUUGCAGUCUUCUGGUGGUGUCGUGGAUUUUCCUGUUCGAGGCACCUAUGAUCCAUUUCUUGUUGGAUUAUAUUAUACAAAAUUACAAAUAGGUUCUCCUCCAAAGGAAUACUAUGUACAAAUUGAUACUGGAAGUGAUGUUCUAUGGAUAGGUUGCAAUUCCUGCAAUGGUUGUCCUGAAUCUAGUGGACUUCAAAUUGAACUUAAUUUGUAUGAUCCUGGAAGCUCAUCAACAUCUUCAUUGGUCUCAUGUUCAGACCAAAGAUGUAAUGCGGGCGUUCAAUCAUCCGAUUCGGGUUGUUCCGGACAGGGAAAUCAAUGCAGUUACACAUUUCAGUAUGGAGAUGGAAGUGGAACAUCAGGGUAUUAUGUAGCUGAUUUGUUGCAUAUCAGUACAAUUCUUGAGGGAUCCAUGACUGCAAACUCUACAGCUCCCAUUAUGUUUGGGUGCAGCGUGUUACAGACCGGAGACUUGACAAAGUCUGAUCGAGCAGUUGAUGGAAUCUUCGGGUUUGGACAGCAGAGUUUGUCUGUAAUCUCACAACUUUCAUCACAGGGAAUAGCACCUAGAGUGUUUUCUCAUUGCUUAAGAGGGAAAAAUGGUGGUGGGGGUAUACUUGUUUUCGGAGAGAUUUUGGAACCCAAUAUGGUUUAUACUCCGCUCGUCCCAUCACAGCCUCACUACAAUCUUGAUCUGCGGAGCAUUUCCGUUGGUGGACAAGUUUUAUCAAUUGACCCGUCAGUGUUUUCAACAUCAAGUAGUCAAGGAACAAUAGUUGAUUCCGGGACAACUUUGGCAUAUCUAGCUGAUGAAGCUUAUGAUGCUUUUGUUGAUGCUAUCACGAAAACUGUUUCGCAAACUGUGCGCCCUGUUCUUUCCAAAGGAAAUCAAUGUUAUCUAAUAACCUCCAGUGUCACCGACAUAUUCCCUCAAGUUAGUCUGAACUUUGCUGGUGCUGCCUCCUUGAUUUUAAAUCCACCCGACUAUCUUGUGCAGCAGAACUCUAUUGGUGGUGCUGCAGUUUGGUGCAUUGGCUUUCAGAAAAUUCAGGGUCAGGGAAUAACAAUUUUAGGAGAUCUUGUUCUGAAAGACAAAAUCAUCGUUUAUGAUCUGGCAAAUCAACGGAUCGGAUGGACUGACUAUGACUGUUCAAUGUCCGUCAAUGUGUCUGCAAAUCUUAACUCCGGAAGAACAGAAUUUGUGAAUGCAGGGCAGAUGAGCAACGAUGGCUCGUCACCAGAUCAACUUCAGAGCAUCAUAGCUUCGCUUCUAAAUAUGAUCAUGCUUGCCGCUCUACUGUUUUCCUAGCAUAUACUGCAAGGGUUCAGGCAUUAGGAAACUUGGAUUCGUCGUGUACUUUCUCACCCGGUAGCUUGUGGUCGAAACGUAGGUUAUUUUUCCAUGGGAGUGUGGCUUCAGGUAAAUGCUGUAAAUUACAUUCACAGGUGAUCAUGUUAACAGUCAAUUCAAUUUAUACUAACCGAAGUUUUUCCUUUUAAUUUAUGUUAAAAAGGAAAAUUAAUAAAAAAUUGUGGCAUUAGGUUGAUCA